AUGUAAAGAACAGAUAUAUUGGCAAAUAGGACAAACAUUCUAAUAGUGUUUUUGAUUAUUUGUAUCCUUCUUGCCCUUUUUGGAAAGUAAUCGUCAGAAGAUUAAAUAAUUUCAGAACGUUUCGAACCUGAGGUGACAGAAUCAGAAAUUCGAUAUUAUUUAGAAAAUGAAAUUAAUUACAAUGAUAGUGAUUAAUUUGGAUUUUAGACAAUACAAGAUUGGCUACCUAUUUAAUCUGAAUUAGCUUAAUUGAAUUUAGCUUUGGAAUAUUUUUCACGCUUAGAUUUGGAAAAAAUUUUGAAUAAGCAUCCAUAAUUAGAGGAAUUAGUAAAUGAAUGUUUAGAUUUAAAAAUGAAUUAAGAAUUAGAAAUUUAUAUGAAUUAAAUGAAUUAAAGUUAGUAAAAUCAAACAACAAAUUAGGAUUCUUUAGUUUAUUAUACUGCUCUUCUUGAAAAAAAAAAAAAAUUAAAUGAAGAAAUAUUUAACAAAAAAGCUGAAUUUGAUGAUUUAUCAAAUGUGGAAAAGGAUUGGAAAUAAAUUUGCACAUAAAAUGAAAUAAGCGUAUUAGAAACCUAAAAAUUGAAAAAGAGAUAAGCAUAGUUUGGAAAUAUUACUGAAGAAAUUUAAAAAUUGUAAUAAUCAAUAGAUGAUUUAAACAAAAAGCUUCUAUCAUAUAAGAAGUAAGAGGGAGAUUAAAUAGAUUUAACAGAAGAAUAUUAAAAAGAUUAAGAAUUAGCAAAACAUAUGAGUAAAUUAUUCAAGCCUGCAGGAAAAAAAUCUGUAGAGAUUCAUGAUGAAAAAUUAGGAGGAGUUAUUAGUGUAAUUGAUGCAAAUAUGAAGUAAUAUAAUACAAGUGAAGUAUAUAUAAAUGGUUUGAAUUACCAUCCUGAAAAUUAAUAAUUUUAUAUUUAAGAAAUUGAAUAAGAUAUUUAAAGAAAUAAAACUAAUUUAGAAUAUAAAAUAAAAGAUAAAGAGAAUCUGUAAAAAGAAAUUGAACAAAUUCAGAAAAAUAUAAAGGAAAAAAAUGAAAACUUUAAAAAUGCAACUAAAUAAUUAGAGGAAAUAAGAAGAAAAAAAGCAGAAUUAAGUUAACUUAUAGAUUAAGAAAAAAAAGAGUUAAAUGAGGUUAUUUAUGAAAUAAAGAAUUAUAAUCCAUAAAAAAAUCUUUAAAAUAAUAAUUAAUUAGAUGCAUAAAGAAAAUUUAAAGGUAAUUUAUUUAAAAUUAUAAUUUAGAAUAUUUAUAUGAACAUUUAAAGAAGGAUUAGAUAUGUCUUGAGAGAUGCAUUGAAUAUAAUUCUUUAAAUCAAUAAAUUACAACUGGGAGAUAUUAAAUUUCAUUGAAUUUAAUUUAAAAGCAUUUUAAAUAAUUGGAAUAGAAAUUUAAAGAAUUCAAUUAAAAUUUAAUGAAAGAUAUACAUAAAAACUGA